UAAUCUAGGGUGGACUCAGUACUUGCUGCUGCCAGUUGAAGAGGCAGUACACAAAGGUCAGAGGGCUACCCCUCAAAGUGACCUGGAUUCCAGUUAUCUCCUCCAAGCCAACAGGGGCAGGAAGAUGGGGCGUGUCCCAGACCCCUGCAGUGCCUCAGCUCCAGUCCACAUCACUGCUGAGCCCAGUCUCAUUCCAGACGUCAUUACCAGGAUCCCCUGGCCCCGUUGGGCACUCUUUAUCAUCAUUCUUGCUGCUGGAGUCCUCCUGGUCUCUUGUCUGCUCUGCAUCAUCUACUGCUGUUGCCGCCGCUGCCAACGCCGGAAGAGGAAGCAGCCCAAAGACAAAGAAGCUGUGGGCCUGGGCAGUGCUCACAGCAGCACCACUACUCACCUGGUUCAACCAGAUGUGGACUGCCUGGAGCCCUGCUCUGGGGGUCCCCAACAGUGGGGGCAACUGCUGCUCUCACUGGAGUAUGACUUUGGAAGCCAGGAGAUUAGGGUGGGCCUGAGGCAGGCUGAAAACCUGAAAGCUGAGGGCACAGCAGACCCCUACGCCCGCAUCAGUGUUUCCAGCCAGCCUGGGAGAAGACACGAGACAAAGGUGCACCGUGGGACUCUCUGUCCCAUGUUUGAAGAGACGUGCUGCUUCCUAGUCCCACUAGCAGAGCUGUCCAGGGCUACCCUAAAGGUGCAACUGUUGGACUUCAAGCGGUUCUCAGAACACGAGCCACUGGGGGAGCUCCAGCUAUCACUGGGUACCGUAGACCCUCAGCAUGUCCUGGAGAGCUGGUACCAGCUGGACGCUCCAGGUACCACUGAGCUGGAGCCGAUGGGGGAGCUGUGCUUCUCGCUGCGCUAUGUGCCCAGCUCAGGCCGCCUGACUGUGGUUGUGCUGGAGGCUCGGGGCUUGAAUCCAGGGCUUGCCGGGCCCUAUGUGAAGGUCCAGCUCAUGUUAAACCAGAGAAAAUGGAAGAAGAGAAAAACUUCCUGUAAGAAAGGCACAACUACCCCCUACUUCAACGAGGCUUUCACCUUCCUGGUUCCCUUUGGCCAGCUCCAGAGUGUGGACCUGGUGCUGGCUGUCUGGGCUCAUGGACUGCAGCUCCGGGCUGAGCCUGUGGGCAAAGUGUUGCUGGGUCCCCGGGCUUCAGGUCAACCCCUACAGCACUGGGCAGAUAUGCUGGCCCAUGCCAGGCGGCCCAUUGCCCAGUGGCACCACCUGCAGUCCCCCAGGGAAGUGGACCAAGCUCUAGCCCUGAAGCCUCGCCUGCCCCUGCCCAGGCCUCGCUCCUAAAAGAACCCUAGGCUUCAGUUUCCCCAAAUGGAGCUGUGGCAUUUGUCCAGGCUCUUGAGAGCUUUCUGUAAUAAAAGCCUUCUCUUUCCCACUCAUGUGCCCUGAUGGAACCCUGUGAGGAGGACCAGAGACACAAGGUGGGCUACAUCUUGGCAACACCGUCCUCUCAAGGAUGGGGUAGCAUGCUCUGAACAGAUCUGCCAGUCCUGAGCCUCUGCUCAAGGCCUGAUUACGAGGUCUUCCCUAGGAAGAUGGCACCAUCCUCUCUGCCAUCCAGGGUUGGCAGAGGAUCGGGGGACUAGAGCUGGCCCUGUGGGGACAAAAGUGGGCAACUGGGGUGAAUUGUGGGGAGGGACAGUGUGGGGAAGAGACCCCAACACCAUGAGGGAUGGUGGGAUAGAGUGUCCUCUGUACUAUCAGCAGGGGGCAGUGUGUGCCUUUUGAAGCUGCUCUGAGGCCUUUGGGGGCUCGCAGUCCUGGCCUGUGAUAUACCUCUUAAUCCCAGCACAUCUGGCGGGCUUUAGCAGCUCCAACCCUCCUCUGAUCCUCUGGGGCCCCAGAGCAGCAGGGAUGGGGCCAAGCCAUGAUCUCGGUGUCUCUGGGUGGGGUUCAGGAGUGGGAAAGGGGUGAGGGCCUGGCCCCAGCGAGCCAGGCAAUGCAGGGCCUGCCUAGGCAGCUAAGGGCCCUGAGCCCCCACGGGUCAGAGAGAGGUUCCUGGGGCGGUGGCACCACUCUCUGGGAUUGAAGGACAUGUUCCAAGUUGCCUGUGCAGAGAGACACCCAUGGGCAGGGCGUGUGGAAGGCUGGGAGAGGCCCGGCUGCUGGUCCAGGGGCCCGUUUGCUCUUCUCCCUAGGCAGAAGGGCAAGUUCACUACAAGAGGUGGGCAUCACUCUCCUGAGCCCUGACUACCACACAGGGCCAGGGAGACUUGUUUUGUUGUUUUGCUUUUGUUUGUUUUUGGGGGGGUGGGUGUCCAGUUUUUCAAGAGAACUGAUGUGGUGAACAGUCAGCCCAGGGGCCCAAGUAGGGAGAGAGCACCCAGCAGGCAGUGAGUGGCUGAGUGUAGCUCAGUCUGAUGGGUGUUGAGCCACAAGGCCAUUUGACAGUGACUCCAGUUCAGCCCACUUGCGAGGUCAGGUUUCCCUUGGAUGAAGACUUUAGUGGAUGCUUGAGCUGGGUACCUUGGAGACCCACAUGCAACUCAACUCUUGCCGUCCUGAGGGCUCUUGCAGGAACAAGGGUGGCAUCUUGAACUCGUCACUGAGACAUAAAUAGAGUAAACCAACCCCUCCACCCCAAGACUUCUUGGACAGGCCAGCACUUGGGCUGACUGGCCAGGAGGCUGGGCAGGUGGGGAGGCUCUCCUCCUCUCUGUGCCCCCAUUGGUCUGAGGAGACUCCAUGCCCUUUCUGAGCAGGGGCCCGGCCCAGGGAAAGCCAUUUAUACCCCUCCCCCUGGCCCACCAGCCCAGCUCACUGCUGCCUGCCUGACCUCGCUCCCAGUCCUGCUGCACAGACGCUAGGUGAGGCCUGGUCCAUCUUCUUGAGGCUGGAGAAUAGGGCACUACUCAGGCUAGCUCACAGGAGGACUUCCCUGGGCAGGGACUCGGGGGUCUGGGGUCUGCUGCCAACAGCUCUCUCUGGGGGCUCCCGCAGAUCUGGGAUCGAAAAGCAACAGGUGCUGG